AUGGGCUUUCAUCUCUUGGCCUUUGACCUUGCAGCCUUCCAUCUUUUGAAGUGUCUUCCUUAUGGUCUUCCGUCACAUGAUAGUGUGCAACAGCCAAUCAAAAAGUCACAUCAGGAGUCUACACUGGCACUUUUCACUGAAAUGGAAGACAAUGACUUUGGUGCUGCAUCUAGUGCUAGGGCGUGGACGACUGGUACCUGCGUGGGCGCCUAUCCGCUUGGAUAA